CUUUUUUUUUUCCCUUCCUUCCCCUUUUCUUUUCUUCGAACGAACUUUAUUGUUCCUGCGCGCCGCGCGCGCGGGGAUGCGCUGAGGCCGCUGGAGCCUCGGCCCCGCUCCGCCCGGCCCGGCCUCGGCAUGUCGGGCAGCCGCCCGCCGCCGCCGCACCCCACCGCGCUGCCUGCUGCCACCCCGGCCUCCUCCUCUUCUUCCUCUUCCUCCUCCUCCUCCUCCUCUUCUUCGGCGGCCAUGGCGCCGGGCUCGUCCUCAUCGGGCGGCGCGGCGGCGCGGCCUGUGCUGGUGGCGGCCGCCGUGUCGGGCUCGGGAGCGGGGCUGGCCCGGCUGGCGGCGGCGGCGCGGCCCGGUAGCGGCGGCGGCGGCUCCUCCGCGGGGGGCGGCGGUAGCGGAGCGGGCGGCGGCGGCAGCAGCAGAAAGAGGCCGCUGCUCACCCCGCUCUGCAACGGGCUCAUCAACUCCUACGAGGAUAAGAGCAACGACUUCGUUUGCCCUAUCUGUUUUGAUAUGAUUGAAGAAGCCUACAUGACUAAAUGUGGACACAGCUUCUGCUACAAAUGUAUUCACCAGAGCUUGGAGGACAACAACAGGUGUCCCAAAUGCAACUACGUUGUGGACAACAUAGAUCAUCUUUAUCCCAACUUCUUAGUCAAUGAGCUUAUUCUUAAACAGAAGCAAAGAUCUGAGGAGAAAAGACUCAAAUUGGACCAUUCAGUGAGUAGCACCAAUGGCCACAGGUGGCAGAUAAUUCAAGAUUUGCUGGGGACUGACCAAGACAAUCUUGACCUGGCCAAUGUCAACCUGAUGCUGGAGUUGCUGGUGCAAAAGAAGAAGCAGUUGGAAGCGGAGUCCCAUGCUGCCCAACUGCAGAUCCUUAUGGAGUUUCUCAAAGUUGCCAGGAGAAACAAACGAGAGCAAUUGGAGCAGAUCCAGAAGGAGCUAAGUGUUCUGGAAGAAGAUAUUAAACGAGUAGAGGAGAUGAGUGGCUUGUACUCCCCAGUCAGUGAGGACAGUACGGUGCCACAGUUUGAGGCUCCCUCACCUUCGCACAGUAGUAUUAUUGACUCCACGGAGUACAGCCAGCCUCCAGGCUUCAGUGGCAGCUCUCAGACCAAAAAGCAGCCAUGGUAUAAUAGCACGCUAGCCUCACGACGCAAGCGACUCACAGCUCACUUUGAGGACCUGGAGCAGUGCUAUUUUUCCACCAGGAUGACACGUGUCUCAGAUGACAGCAGAACCACAAGCCAGCUGGAUGAGUUUCAGGAGUGUCUAUCCAAGUUCACGCGCUACAAUUCUGUCCGACCUCUGGCAACGCUUUCUUAUGCUAGUGACCUCUACAAUGGCUCCAGCAUAGUAUCCAGUAUUGAGUUCGACCGAGACUGUGACUACUUUGCCAUUGCUGGGGUGACAAAGAAGAUUAAAGUCUAUGAGUAUGGUACAGUCAUUCAGGAUGCAGUGGAUAUUCACUACCCUGAGAAUGAAAUGACCUGUAAUUCCAAAAUCAGCUGUAUCAGCUGGAGUAGUUACCACAAGAACCUGCUAGCCAGCAGUGACUAUGAAGGCACCGUCAUCCUUUGGGAUGGAUUCACAGGACAAAGGUCCAAGGUCUACCAGGAGCAUGAGAAAAGAUGCUGGAGUGUUGACUUCAACUUGAUGGACCCAAAGCUAUUGGCUUCAGGCUCUGAUGAUGCCAAAGUGAAGCUGUGGUCUACCAACUUGGACAACUCAGUAGCAAGCAUCGAGGCCAAGGCUAAUGUGUGUUGUGUCAAAUUCAGCCCUUCUUCUCGGUAUCACCUAGCUUUUGGCUGUGCAGAUCACUGUGUUCACUACUACGAUCUCCGCAACACUAAGCAGCCCAUCAUGGUGUUCAAAGGACAUCGCAAGGCAGUCUCCUACGCAAAAUUUGUGAGCGGGGAAGAAAUUGUCUCUGCGUCAACAGACAGCCAGCUGAAGCUGUGGAAUGUAGGGAAGCCUCACUGCUUGCGCUCCUUCAAGGGUCACAUCAACGAGAAGAAUUUUGUAGGGCUUGCAUCCAACGGAGACUACAUCGCCUGUGGAAGUGAAAACAAUUCCCUUUACCUAUACUAUAAGGGCCUCUCAAAGACACUGCUGACGUUCAAGUUUGAUACAGUCAAAAGUGUCCUGGACAAGGACCGGAAAGAAGAUGACACAAAUGAGUUUGUGAGUGCUGUAUGCUGGAGGGCACUACCAGAUGGGGAGUCCAAUGUGCUGAUUGCUGCUAACAGUCAGGGUACAAUUAAGGUACUGGAGCUGGUAUGAAGGUUUUUUGCUCAAGGCAUGAGGUACUUAGUCCUGCCAGUUUGCUACAGUAUUCAUCUGAGAUCCUCAGUGGGACAAGAAACCGAAACCACCUUGGAUGUCCCUCCCCAAAACCAUCAUGUUUGGGUUUUUUCCAUUUAUGGACUUUAUAGGACAUUUUGAGACACUGGAAACACCAGUGAACUGUCUGCCAUCAACAUUAACUCCACAGACUUUGCUGCUGCUGGUGCUGGUGGUAUGCUUGUCUAAUUUUUAUGAUAGGAAAACAAAUUCUUUUGAAUAAAAAUACACACAAAAAAAAGGAAUAAUAAAAUUUAUUGAGCCACAAGCUGAAGCUGGAAGAUUCUGUCUUGUGUGUGGGAACAGAGGUACUUGGGAAGGGAGCUUACAGGACCACUUAGGGCUGUCCUCAGUUGCACAUCUCCAUUGGUUUCAUCUGGACUGUUCUUCAUCCCCCCUGGAGAAAAGGGAAGUCUCCAAGCCUUACUUGGACAUGCAGGCUUCACUCUGAG